AUAUAGUUCAUCCAAGAUAUCGUGAUAUCAAAAUGGAGAAACAUAAAGAAUCCGCGCAAACUAUCUGAGAGUUCCAAAACCUGCAAAGAUUUCAUAGAACCUGGUUUUACAGAGCGCUUUAAGAAGGUUUCAUCUCUCUGUGAAAUACCGUGCGAUCCACAUGAAGGUGGCGCUGUGAAGACGUGACGCGUUGCUUGUUUAGAAGAAAGAUGACUUCGUCAGAGCAAACUUGCUAUACCCUCAUUAAUAUUCCAAUAGAUUCAGAACCACCAAAUGAAAUACAGCUGAGAAAUGAUCUAGAAAAAGGUGAUACCAAAGUCAAAAUAGAAGCAUUAAAGAGAACUAUUCAUUUAAUUCUUAAUGGAGAGAAAUUUCCUUCCCUUUUAAUGACAAUUAUUCGAUUUGUUUUGCCACUUCAAAAUCAUGCCAUCAAAAAACUUUUAUUGAUUUUUUGGGAAAUUGUUCCAAAAACAACAACUGAUGGAAAAUUGAUGCAAGAGAUGAUACUAGUGUGUGACGCUUAUAGAAAGGAUUUACAGCACCCCAAUGAAUUUAUUCGAGGCUCCACUUUACGUUUUCUUUGCAAAUUAAAAGAACCAGAACUACUGGAACCAUUGAUGCCAGCAAUUAGAAAUUGUUUAGAGCAUCGUCAUUCCUAUGUUCGCCGAAAUGCUGUACUAGCUAUUUUUACCAUUUACAAGAAUUUUGAUUUUCUUAUACCUGAUGCACCAGAACUUAUUGCUAACUUUUUAGAAUCGGAACAAGAUAUGUCAUGCAAACGUAAUGCUUUUAUGAUGUUGAUUCAUGUUGACCAAGAUAGGGCUCUGAAUUAUUUGAGUUGUUGCAUUGAUCAGGUUCAUGUUUUUGGUGAUAUUUUGCAAUUGGUUAUUGUGGAAUUGAUAUAUAAAGUGUGUCACACUAAUCCUGCAGAAAGAUCCCGAUUUAUACGCUGCAUCUACAAUUUGUUAAAUUCCAGUAGUCCUGCUGUACGUUAUGAAGCAGCAGGAACUUUAGUAACAUUGUCAAAUGCACCAACAGCAAUUAAAGCUGCUGCAAGUUGUUACAUAGAAUUAAUUGUUAAAGAAAGUGAUAACAAUGUUAAAUUAAUUGUAUUAGAUCGUCUCAUAAUGCUUAAAGAAGUUCCAGCUCAUGAGCGUGUAUUACAGGAUCUUGUAAUGGAUAUACUGAGAGUGUUAACUGCAUCAGAUUUAGAAGUGCGUCGUAAAACUCUCAAUUUGGCACUUGAUCUGAUUUCAUCACGAAAUGUAGAGGAGAUGGUUUUGGUUUUGAAAAAAGAAGUAGCUAAGACUCAUAAUGUUGUUGAACAUGAUGAUACAGGGAAGUAUCGUCAGCUUUUGGUUCGAACUCUUCAUUCUUGUUGUGUUAGAUUUCCUGAUGUUGCACCGACUGUCAUUCCCGUUUUGUUGGAAUUCUUAUCGGAUAAUAAUGAACAAGCUGCAGUCGAUGUACUCACUUUUGUUAGAGAGGCUAUGCAACGUUUUGAACAACUUCGUCCAUUGGUUAUUGUAAAAUUGUUAGAGAUCUUCCCGUCGAUCAAAUCUGCAAAGAUUCAUCGUAGUGCUUUAUGGAUCCUUGGGGAAUAUUGCAGUUCAAUUGAAGAUAUUCAGAGUGUGAUGACUGAAAUUCGUCAGGGAUUAGGAGAUAUUCCAUUGGUGGAAGCAGAAAUGAAAAAAGUUGUAGGAGAUGCAACAGAAAAGACUGAUCCAACACUAACAUCUGCCCCAAUGCAGCGUUUAGUGACAGCAGAUGGAACAUAUGCCACACAAACUGCAUUUAAUACUACUCCAAUUGCUAAAAAAGUCAAUCAACGGCCUCCUCUGUGUGGUUAUUUGAUGGAAGGAGAUUUCUUUGUUGGAGGAGCUUUAUCUUCCAGUCUUGCCAAAUUAGCCCUCAGAUAUUUAUAUCUUGUUAAUGAUCCAAAGAAACAGAAUGCAUUUAUUGCAGAAGCUAUGCUUAUUAUGGUAUCUAUUAUUCAUCUUGGAAAAUCAGGACUUCCAAAAAAAAAUAUUACAGAAGAUGAUCUUGAUAGGAUUUCCUUGUGUAUAAAAGUGUUAGCAGACAGGUCCCCUUUAAUGAUUGAGAUAUUUAAUACAGAAUGCCGAAAAUCUCUUGCAACUAUGUUAGCCUCCAAUCAAGAAGAAGAAAUGGAAAAUCAAAAGGCUAAAGAAAAAAAGAGUGUAACUAUCCACGCCGAUGAUCCUAUAAGUUUCAGUCAGUUGGCUUCCAAAAAUGAUCUAACUGGAACUGAAAAUAUGUUUGAGCUUAGUUUAUCUCAAGCAAUGGGAAUGACAAAGAAGGAAGCUGUUGCUGAUCUCUCUUCUUCCAAGUUAAGCAAAGUUACACAACUUACAGGAUUUUCUGAUCCAGUAUAUGCCGAAGCUUACGUGCAUGUCAAUCAGUAUGAUAUUGUCUUAGAUGUCUUAAUAGUUAAUCAAACUGCAGAUACUUUGCAAAAUUGUACUUUGGAAUUGGCAACUCUGGGUGAUUUGAAGCUAGUAGAAAAACCAUCGCCUAUUAUUCUUGCACCUCAUGACUUCUGUAACAUUAAAGCAAGUGUCAAAGUUGCAUCUACUGAAAAUGGAAUAAUAUUUGGGAAUAUUGUAUAUGAUGUGAGUGGUUCAACAAGUGAUCGCAAUGUUGUGGUUUUGAAUGAUAUCCACAUAGACAUUAUGGACUACAUAGUUCCAGCAUCCUGCACUGAUACUGAAUUCCGUACAAUGUGGGCAGAAUUUGAAUGGGAAAAUAAGGUAUCAGUUAAUACUGGCCUCAGAAACCUUCAUACUUAUCUGCAACAUUUGAUUAAAUCAACAAAUAUGAAGUGUCUCACUCCCGAAAAGGCACUUUCUGGAGAAUGUGGAUUUAUGGCGGCAAAUCUUUAUGCCCGAUCCAUUUUUGGAGAAGAUGCUUUAGCCAAUGUUAGUAUUGAAACAAAUCCCAAUAACCCAGAUUCUCCUGUUACCGGUCAUAUAAGAAUCAGGGCAAAAAGUCAAGGUAUGGCUCUGAGUUUGGGAGACAAGAUUAAUUUGACUCAGAAGUCCUCUCUAAAACUGGGUGCAUGAAUGUCGGCUAUUUUUAAAGAAGAAUGUAAUUUGGAAUAUUUAUAAAAACACAUUGGAAUUUUUUUGUUUUGUAUAGGAUUCGCUUUUAUUGCAAAUCAAAUAAAAAUUUACUUUUCAUUGGAACUUUUAUUGC